AGGGCACGCGCUGCAGGGUGUCCGGGCGCUCGGAGUGGCGUCGCGCAAAAGGCAUGAGCACAAGACUGGAGGCGUUAGAAGGUCCGCGCUGGGUGUACAAGAAGGACCGGAAUCUAUGUCGGAUUUGAUUUCUUCAAUGGGUGCGCUGGCUGGUGAAUACGAAUACGCCCCACUCGAGUACGCAGGAGAAAACGAAAAGACCCGCGUGGUGGCGCAGCCCGAGACUGACUGCCUAAGUCGUCGCAGAUGCGGCGGCGGCUUGGCGGCUGCAGGUGGGGCAAGGUUUCGCGACUGCUUUGGCGCGGCGGGGCGGUCUGCAACAGAUUGCAGCGGUCAAACUACCCGGCGCGUACUUUUGGCAGCAGAGAUGCACGGGUGGGCCGCUUGCCCACUGUGAAGAAAAGUGCGGCGCAAAAAGUUCGGGGUGCCAUGUGGACGAGCGCCACGGGAAAGCGUGGCCGCCUCCGACCAGUCUAGCGCGGUCAUGUUGCGCACCAAGACGGCCACCGGCUGCCGCAGGUUGCCCCCUCGAGUUUUCGUGAACGAAGAACGCGGGGCGCGGGCGAUAAAACGGGCAGAGCCGUCGCCUCUGAUGGCUUCGCUUUGUUUGUUUCUUUGGCGGCGAGCCCUCCCCCCGUGCGCAGGCGGGGGGCGGCCUCUGGCCUACCGAUCCGGUGCGCGCCAGGCGCGCAGGCCGGCGCCCCAGGAUAGCGGCUCCCCGGGCUUCCCAGUGUUCGGAUUCGGAAACGCAACGCGCCCCAAUCCGGCCGCGGGAAAUUCGCGCCCAUCCUACUCAAAACCGGCGAAGUGCGCGCCUUGCCGCGAGCAGGCCCGCGGCGCGGGCAGGUUGCGACCCUUUUCAGACACGGGGGGGGGCCACACUUGUGCCAGUGAGAAGGCCCGCGGCCUGGGCUACCUGCCUCCGCAGUGUAGCCCCGCCAGCCGACCAGCGCGGGCGCUGCCGCGGCCCGCCCGGGCCACCGAACUACUUGCCCGGGGGGCCUGCGGCUAUGGGGCUGGGCCCGUUGUUGCCCCUCUUUCGCUGGGGGCGCCGCGUACGUUUCUG